UGAAUCUUCUACGACAGCAAAAUGGAGCUCGAAACAUGUGCCCCUAAAUAUGCCCUUUUACGCUUUGAGGACGGGAAAAAAAAAGGGGAACGAGAAAUUGAGAAAGAGCGGAAGUGAGGAGGCUGAGUGUCGCGCCGCCUCUACUGGGUAAACGCGAAGGCCUUCGCUGCGACGAAGAAAGUGGGGGUGGAGACUCGGGAAGGUCUCUCAGAAAUGUCGCCUGGUCUGAGGUACGUGAGGGAGAGGGCGGGGGAUGGAGCCGGCCGCCCCAUCCUCGACGCUGACAAUGGGGAGGAACUGAUGCACGUGGAGACGCAAGUGGGGAUUGCCCUAGGAGACAACGCUCCGCAGUCUCCAGGCACUCUUUAUAUCACAAACAAGCGCUUGGUUUGGUUGAAUGAUGUCGACCGUGAAAAUGGCUACGCCGUUGAUUUUUUGUCGAUUGCGUUGCACGCCAUUUCCAGGGACCCUGCAGCUUAUCCAUUCCCUUGUAUAUAUGCCCAGAUUGAGACAGAAACAAUUGACGAUGAAGAAGAAGAACUUGCAAUCUCCGACGUAGAAUGCAAUGGUAGCACUGAUCUGUCUAGAAUUAGUGAAAUGCGGCUUGUGCCAUCAGAUCCCAGUCAAUUGGACAUCCUUUUUGAGAUCUUCUGCGACUGUGCUGAGCUUAACCCUGAUCCAAAUGAAGAACAAGAUGAGGAAGAUAGUUGGGUUUUUGGUGAUGAAUUGGGGGGUGAUGGCUUUGAAGGUGAAAAUCCUCACUGGAAUUCAUCCGAACAACUUGAAAAUACCAUUGGCUAUUCAAACGGAGUAAGGGAUCAUGACUUGGCACAUACAAUACUUGAGCUUCAGAUUGAUGACCGGCGAUUUGAGGAUGCAGAUGAGAUGGAGAGUGGGGCACAUCAUGAACAUGAAUGAUUUGGAGGAGCGGUGUCCUUGUAUACCUUUUUGACAGAGGCAGCGGCGUUUGCAGCAGUUUUUUAAGCAUUGAGUACUGUGCUGGCUUGAGAUUGCGGCCUCGGUGACCAGAAAUCAUGAUAUUAAGUGUAUGGCAAGUAGAGGUCUCCGAGGACCUGUUUCUCCGCAGUCUUCAACCCAUAAAACUACAAAGCAUGGUAGUCUUUGGCUGUUGUACUGGUUGGCAUCUUGUUUAGUUUAUUAAGUGAUGAUAACACCUUUCUUUGUA